GAGAACCUUGUCAUUUGGCCACGGUCGGUUCUGAGGAGAGGUAGAGCUUCGGCGAAGAAACACAGGAACAAGUCAGUUGACUAGAGAAACAUUUGAAAUAAUUUAAACAAUGAAACCGACCGAAUAAGCCACUACACUUAACUAGUAUUGAAUUAGUUGUAUAUAUUUAAUUCAUGACGUAAUUUUGUUUUAUACAGUCAAGGUUAGCGCUCUCCAGAGAGGGCUGUGUCAUUGAUCAGGCAGGACACGUCAGGAGAGAGAAGCUGUUUAGCCAUAGCUACUGUAUGAGCGAAAGGCAUAGAAGGACCAUAUCGCUUGAGUCAUAAACUUUCUUUUCAUUAUUUUAUCAGACACAUCGAGGUUGCAGGUUAACUACAGGACGGAUCGAGUCAUCGCUUGGAUCAAGGGUAGCGACCAAAAGGACCUAAAGAUCAAGGGAUAGCAGAUAUUGUGUGUGGGAAAACAAAUGGGGGAUUACGGGUUUGGAGUCUUAGUGCAAAAUAACACUGGCAACAAGUCUGCUUUCCCAGUUAGAAUUCAUCCACAUCUGCAACCUCCACACCAUCAUCAGAAUGCGUCUCAAAACCCUGGUGCUUUUAUAAACAGUACCACAGCUGGUAAUGGCAGUAACAAUGGGUCACCUUGGCUGUUUUCAGCCACAGCUGCCCAUGGCAGCAUGCAAGAUGAAAUUCUUGGGUCAGAAAAGCCCAAAGCCCAGCAACAGGAAAUGCAAGAAACGCAAGAAAAACAGCUACUAUCCCCUGGCCACCCGGAGUCUGGAAUCGUAUCUGAGUUAGAGAAGGCGAGGUCAGAGGAAAACAAGGUGGAGGGCGGCCCCUCUGAGGGUAGCAAUGGAAAAGAGAAGCUGCGCCUCGAGUCCCCAGUACUGACAGGCUUCGACUACCAAGAGACAUCAGGUCUUGGGACUCCGUGCCAGUCCAGUACCUCCUCGUCCCUGACUGGCUUCAACAACUGGUCAGCUGCUAUUUCCCAGACCCCCUCCACCAUCAUCAACGAGGAUGUCAGCUUCUUUAACCCAGCUGCCUCUGCUAACAACGGGCCCCUCCUGUUCCAGAAUUUCUCCCACCAUGUCAGCCCAGGCUUCGGGGGAAACUUCUCUCCCCAGAUUGGACCCAUCUCCCAGCACCAUCCCCCACACCCCCACUUUCAGCAUCCCCACAACCAGCACCAACAGCACCGAAGGUCCCCGGCCAGCCCCCACCCUCCUCCCUUCCCCCAUAGGAAUGCUGCCUUUAGCCAGUUGCCGCAUUUGUCCAAUAACCUGAAUAAGCCCCCGUCACCUUGGGGUAGCUACCAAAGCCCUUCUCCCUCCCCCUCCUCCACCUCCUGGAGCCCCGGUGGGGGCUAUGGUGGCUGGGGAGGCUCCCAGGGGCGUGAGUACCGUCGGGGCCUCAACGGAGGCAUGACUCCCCUGAACUCAAUCUCCCCACUGAAGAAGACCUUCCCCAACAACCACGUGCCGUCACAGAAGUACUCCCGCACCAGCCCCGGCUUCAACCCCAAGUCCUGGAUGGACGAGAGUGUGAGCAGGAGCGAGAACAUCUUCCCCUUCCAGGAGCGCACCAGAUCCUUUGAUGGCUUCAACAUGCACUCCCUGGAGAACUCUCUCAUUGACAUCAUGAGGGCUGAGCAAGAUACCCUGAAAGCAAGGAAUUAUGGGAGGAGACGAGUCCAUUCUUCCCUGUUCCCCAUGGAGGAUGGUUUCCCUGACGACGAGCGCGGCGAGCAGAGCCUGCCUGGCCUAGGCUCGCCCCACUGCUUCCCCCACCAGAACGGGGAGCGAGUGGAGCGCUACUCACGCAAGGUCUUCGUUGGCGGUCUCCCCCCUGAUAUCGAUGAAGAUGAGAUAACGGCUAGUUUCCGUCGCUUUGGACACCUCUUUGUGGACUGGCCUCACAAGGCAGAGAGCAAAUCUUACUUUCCCCCGAAAGGUUAUGCCUUCCUGCUGUUCCAGGAUGAGAGCUCUGUGCAGGCCCUGAUCGAGGCCUGUAUUGAAGAGGACGGGAAGCUCUACCUGUGUGUGUCCAGCCCCACCAUCAAAGACAAGCCGGUCCAGAUCCGCCCCUGGAACCUGAACGACAGUGACUUUGUGAUGGACGGCUCCCAGCCUCUGGACCCCAGGAAGACCAUAUUUGUGGGUGGUGUGCCACGCCCUCUCCGUGCAGUGGAGCUAGCAAUGAUCAUGGACAGGCUGUAUGGAGGGGUGUGCUACGCCGGUAUCGACACAGACCCCGAGCUCAAGUACCCCAAGGGAGCAGGGCGGGUCGCCUUCUCUAAUCAGCAGAGCUACAUUGCUGCUAUCAGCGCUCGUUUUGUCCAACUGCAGCAUGGAGAAAUCGAUAAACGGGUGGAAGUGAAGCCAUACGUCCUGGACGACCAGUUGUGUGAUGAGUGUCAGGGAACCCGGUGUGGGGGCAAGUUUGCCCCCUUCUUCUGCGCCAACGUCACCUGUCUUCAGUAUUACUGUGAAUACUGCUGGGCGGCCAUUCACUCACGCGCCGGCCGGGAGUUCCACAAGCCACUGGUAAAGGAAGGAGGGGACCGGCCUAGGCACAUCUCCUUCCGCUGGAACUGACUGACACACAGAGAAAGAUGCAGAGGGGGGAGUAGGAGUCGCAAAUCAUUGUACAAAUAAAUGCACUUUUCAGUUGCUGGUUACUUUUUAGCUCUAAUUUGAAUUUUUUUAAAAAUUUUAAAUUCAUAUUUAUUUUAAAGAUGAGAGACUGGAAUUAUAUCCAGAUAUGUCAAGGAAGGAAAAGAAAAUGUUUAAAUCCCAUUCUUUACUUUCUCCAGUUGAUUUUAUAUUUUAUUAGUGCAUAUAGACAUUUGGGGGAAAAAAUGGGCUUUCAAUUGUCACUCUGAUAUCCAAUUUGGCGUGUCAUUGACCAUGAAUUUCAAAGCAGUAUGUUCAGUUGUAAUUCAGAGCAAAUGUGAAUAUAAAAGGUGUCGCUAAAGAAGAGUGCACUUAUUUAUUUACUUUAGAGUGCAGAUGAUUCAGUAUAAAAUCCCAGUAGUUUAACCAAAGCUUAAUCUCAAUUGGUUUGAAAAAGAAACGACUACAGAUCAAAUGUUUGAAAUAAUGUUUUAAGACCAUGCUAAUAUUUGAUGUUACUUGACAAGAUCGAUUUCACAACAGGCGUUUGAGUUUGAUCUCCAUUUUGACAUGCAAAAACUAAUACCUCAAGCUUAGCUGCUAAUGUGCCGAAUAAGUUAAAGAAAAGAAGCUGGUCUCCACCUUUCCCUUAGGACCACAAUCAAAGGGAAACGGCGUCAGCGAAAAGGCACACUUUUCUAGACACUGCUUUGUCACUUCCUUAUUUUUGUAAUCCAACCAGGGUUGUAGUAAGAAUGAACAGAGCAUCUUAUUGAGGAAUGUAUGGUGUUGGAGGUCCCAGAGGCCCUGAGUGCUGGCCGGUGUCGGGAUGAUAAUAAGUGAACCCCCCCUCUCUGUGUCUGUGGUCUUGCUAGCUCGGAGAGGAGGAGGGGCUAGGGUCUAGUUCUCAUCAGGGCUUCAUGUGAGCAGAAAGCCCUGUUUUUUUUGUUUUUUUUUCAUUUAUUAUUAUUAAUGCAGGUGUGCAAAUCUCCCAAGCCUUUAUCCACAAUCUUAUUUUGUUUUUAACCCCCCUUAAAAAAAAAGAGAGAAAUGAAUUAGAAAAGUUGGGGGUUGUCAUCAACACACACUUACGCCUAGAGGAGUUGAUAUAGCUAGAACAGCAGACCUCUUUUCCUGUGCCAGCCGAGCUAACUCAGCCAGUGUUUUAAGCAUAAAUGAAGAUACUCCAUGUAAUGUGCUCUAUUAUGUGCGUCCCACAUGCAGUUCAUUCACUCAAGACUGCAAUAAGGAGUUUAUUCCUAGACACUUUAGGGAAGCAAAGACGGCUGUGCAGUAGUGAGUAAUACUAGCUCAUUUCUUUUUUUUUUUCUUUUAAGAGUUUUCAUUCUCGUUUUUAUAUCAUUUCUACCCUUUCCUUACGAAGACCAGAUGGACACCAGUAAACCAAAGAUUGGCCUUGAAUAGCAAACAGUGCAGUCAAAAUCCAGGAAAACAUUAGUGAAAACAACUGGAUUUAUUGAGCUUACAAGCACCCAGGCCUUUUCACCAGUCAAUCCGCUCAUUUCCAAAGGUCAAAAUGGAGAAGCUUCUUGCUAGGCAGUUGUGUAACUUGGAUAGAUCUGCAAAAGGUUUGGAAAUGUAACACAAAAAGCUAAACAAACACUCAGUUGGUCUGGUUAAUAUAGUCAUACAGUAUCUGAAUCUACUAGCGUUAAAUAUGUCAGGGAGUAAGUGCUGAAAUAUAACUUAAUACACUAGUGAAAUACGUAUCCUUGUGUUGGCUUGAUGGUGUGCUAAUGCACCAGUUCUGCACCAUGAAUUUAGCUUGGGUGUGGUGGGUGAACAUUUUAGAAUUUAAAAACCCUUUUUGAAGAAUUUGCUGUUAAUGAGAAAAAGAUUAUUUUAUACAUGGCCUGCUGAAUUUUGGUACAGUGUUUUCUAGCUAAAUUAUUUUGUCAUGCACAUAUAAACAUUUUAUUAUGCACUACUUUUCUAAACAUUUUUUUCAACAGUCAUUUUAGGCACAUUUUUUCACAAAUGGGAAAACUCCUUUUUGCAAUACCUCAAUUUUUCACAUUGUGAAAGGUAGCUUUUGUACUUUUGUUACUGAGAGAUCUGCAUAUAUGGAAAUUUUAAUUUAAAGAAAAAAGUUGAGUGAUUUCAAUAUAUUAUUUUCAAUUAUGCUUUUUAUACAUUUCAGUGCUGAGGAAUCUUUACAACUAAGUGCACACUUGUGUUGAUGCGACUUCAAAACUGCAGAGGAAUGAUGAAAAGUGUAUUGCUUAAGGUAUUAGAUCUCAUACACUAAAUGUUUCACAAAAAUCUGAUCUUAACAGCAUGGUGAGAAAAAGUUGUCAUUUUAAAAUGUAAUGUUUAAAAAAAAUGGCUAUCCUAGUUGGAAAACGAUAACUUCUAUUAUUUUGGUUUCCUCUCUCCAUAGCUGGAAUGUAACAAUUUUAUAAGGAGAAUGCAAAUGAUGGUUCAUAAUUAGGCUGAAUCUCGUAUCACAAGAAUGGAUGUUUGGUGUUUAGAUAUUUUAACAUUUGAAAAUGUAUAUUCCUGAACUUGCCAACUAGCUCCUAUUAUAAUCCUUAGCAUGCAUGAUAAAAAAAAAAAAAAAAGAUAAGUACAUGAAUUAGCUAUUGAAAUUAAUUGUUGUAGUGCACCAGAUGUUUCACAACUUUUAAUUUGUUAAGGACACCCCCACACCUCACUCCCCUCCCAUGUGUUCAUCUCUUUGCCUUCCCCAUACUCAGACCUCUGCAGGAUGCACAGAAAAAUAUACAAGAAAAUAACAAAAAAACUAACUCUAAAAUAUAUUUUAGCAGUGCAAGACUUGAGCAUCUUUUAGGACCCUGUUGAAAAGACUUGAUAACUCAUCUCCACUGUCUGUUGAGGCAAAUCAACCUAGUUGGAGGAAGGGGAACAUUAAGACUUGAAUGUGGUAAAUGUUGCAAGUUAACUUCGAGUUGUUAUGUGCAAUACUUUUUUUGAACUUUUUUCCAGAUAAAGACUUUGCAAUGUAAUUCUUUAAUGCCGUUUUUAAUUGCAGACAUUUAAAGAAGAUGUUAAUAUGUUUUUCACAGUCAUUUUCUACUGUUAUUGUAAUCCUUUUCAUGCUGGUGUUUGUAAAAAAGAAAAGAAAAAGAAAUCAAACUAUUUGUACUAAUAUAAAUAAUUGAAGUUAUUUUUUAAAACAUUAAAGGUUUUGUGCUCAUUUGCUUAAUUUGUUUAUUUCAAGCUACUGUGAUUGAUUGCAUUGUAAUUAUUAGGUCAAUAAUGUAUUUAGCUGUUUAUUGGUAUAUUUUUAAUUGGAAUGUAUAAUUUUUUAUAAUUUUGAUCAGAUUUUUGUUAUAUUUUUGAGGUGAAGCUUUUAAUAUGUUAGUGUCUAGUUUUUACUAAUUGCUAUAUUGUGCUCCACAAUAUAUGGUUCACAUUUUCUGAAGGAAAUAAAUAUUUAAAUAUUGGUCUGUUAAUGAUGUUACUUAAUGGCAAAAUGUCAAUAGUUUUUAACUGUGUAUGGGAAGGUUGUAUUUAUUAAUAUUUUUUUUUUUACUUAAGAUAUCACCUUAAUUUUUAUUGUCAUUUCACUUUAUAAGUUACUAUUUUUGUAUUUUCCUUUCAAAUUAAGUUAUGUAAUACAAAUUGUCCAUAUUUCUAGGAGUUGGUCUGUAGAAGUGCUAGUGAAAUGAAAAAGAGAAAUCUGUUAUUUAAUUGUUUGCAGCCAACUAUUUAUAACAGUAUGCAUAACUUUUAAAUAUUUGUAAUGUGAAAUGUUGAAUGAAUAAAACUUAACUGUGACAA